UUUCUAACAACAUGGCGGACAUGAAAUCAGUUGUUGUGCAUCAAGAUUUGCACUUCGUGUGUUAAUUUAAAUAACAAAACAUACAACUUUUUCACUAGUAAAUUGUUUAAAUCUAUCUAUGCCCUAGAUGUAACAAUAGAAAGUUGUGACUGUGGUUAUUUCUUCGCCUCGGUGAUGUGAUUUUAGAUAUCGGGGCGAAUUGGUAAAGAGAAAUUCUGGUCAUUAUUGUGGUCUUUCACUUGGUAACUGGUCAAUAGUACUAUGCCGCGGCGCGGGAUAGAGGCCGUGCAGCCGCCGGAGCCCCCUAAAAAGAAACCUAAAGUUGUUUUAGAGCAGCUUUCUUUGUUAUGCCCGAGCUUGGACGCUAGUUUUACCGAUGACGAAGCCUUGCCGCCAGGUAUUGUGUUUUCGGACAUACAACAGAAGAAAUGGCGCAUUGGAAAGCCGAUAGGGCGUGGCAGCUUCGGUCGUAUUUACCUAGCUUCCGACAACGUGGACAAAGAGGUCACUAAGCUGAACGCCAACUAUGUGGUCAAGAUAGAGCCGCACUCCAACGGCCCGCUGUUUGUGGAAGUGCAUUGUCUCAUUCGUACUUCACAAGUGGCAAAAAUAAAAGCAUGGCGCCAACAAAACAAACAGAAACGCAUUGGCAUGCCAGUAUACAUUGCAAGUGGAUCCUUCAUAGACAAAAAGACUGGCAUGAAAUAUAGGUUCCUUGUCCUACCUCGCUACGACAUAGACUUGCACAAAAUCAUCGCUCGGACCAAAGUACUAGACUUGAAGAAUGUUCUAGUACUCGCUCUGCAGAUACUAGAUGUGUUAGAGUACCUACACAAUCAGGGAUACACACAUUCGGAUAUAAAAAGCUCGAAUCUCAUGCUCGGAUUUGAGAGCGGCAAAAUAAAUAAGUUCCCUAUGGCAAAAACUUCACAAUCUUUCCAAAAAGAAACAAAAGAAGUAGCAGUGUUGUCAGGAAAACACAGGCGAGUUAAAAGUGGGAAGGCGAGAGCUUCAAACUAUUAUGAUGAUGAGGAUUUUGUGAUUAAAGACUCUAAAGGCUUAGAUCUUAACAAAAGUUGUGAUGAGAAAAGACUGGCCAGUGUUAAACAGUUAAGAAAAAUUCUAAACGAUAGAGACAGUAGGACUUUACAUAGGCAUCAUGCUUUCAAUCUCAGGCAGCUGUCUAGUUAUGUCAACUAUGAGGACAUGACUAGCUCAGUUUGCUCCGAUCAGUCGUACCAGAAGUUGCUUGAUGAUUUUGGCAAUAAAACUCUCAUCAGAACCACUGCAGAGUUCUAUGAAGAUGCGAAAAGGAAGAAAACUGAUACAGCUAAUGAUGACGAAAUACAUAAAGAAGCAAUUCUUUCACAGUCAAAUAGACAGAUUUAUCUGCUUGACUAUGGUUUGGCUUCAAAGUUCCUAGAUUCCGAAGGCAAGCAUAAAGAUUUUGGCAUGGACGCGAGGAAAGCUCAUGAUGGAACAUUAGAAUACAGCUCCAGGGAUUCUCAUAUCGGAGCUCAUUCUAGAAGGUCGGACCUUGAGACCCUCGGCUACAACCUGAUCGACUGGCUAACAGGAUCCUUGCCUUGGAAGACUACGGAAGUUCUCUCUGAACCUGAUUUAGUCCAUGCCUUGAAGAAAAACUACAUGAGUGAUAUAAAGUCCUUCUUAAAAACCAGCUUUAAAACCGAGUAUUAUCCCCAGUUCAUGGAGAAAUACUUGGAAUACGUCACCAGCUUAGAAUUUACAGAGAAGCCAGACUAUGAUCACUGCAGACGCCUAUUCAAGAGUGAAUUGAUGAAGAACGCUGAUAAGGAAGUGUCUUUGAAGCUAGCUGAACCUCAAAAUUCACCAAUGGGCCGAAAAUUGUGCUGUUCAAGAAGAUUUGGCAGGAAGAAUACUCCAACAGACUUUUUAUCUAGAAACGGGAUCAAGAAAAGCUAUGAAAGAGAGAAUGUGUGCUCACUUGAGAAUGACCUGAAGUUGGAAUUGUUGAAGCAAACCAUCAAUAUAUCCAGUGAGGGAAUAAGAAAGCCAUGCACUUCCAGAAACUUCUUUGUCUCCGAUGCGGAUUUGAUCGCUCGUCUCAAAAAGUCGCUCAUGCCUCAUGACAUUUUGGGCAAAAAGUUGUCCCCGAAAAACUUACGAUCAAAAAAGAAAGUGCAGAAACGCAGAGGCAAUAGAACGCACAGAAGUAGCAUUGGGAAGUUUGGGAAUUUCAUGGGUUCCGCUAAACAGUUUACUUGGGCGGAAAUAUUAGCUCAAAAUCCAGAGGAUAUUAUUCGUAAGGAGCGCAACGCAGCCAACAGUGAUGAAGAUGAUGAGGAUACCUGUAAAUACAGGAUCAGGAAACUGUCAGAUGUAUCAUCAGAAGGUAGCGACUCUCUCCAGUCCCCGCUGAUGCAAAAAGACUACUUGCAAGGCGUGAAAUGGACACCCGCUAUGAAAGAAGUCUUAGCUAACUUUAAGAAAAGGCUUGCAGGUAAAGCUAAAGACACCGAAGAUAUACCGAAAGAACUACAAGGAUAUACUCCAGUGAUGGUUAAAAUUCAUAGGAUUAAGGAAAAAAGGGAAGCGAAAGAGAUGGAAGCUGUGAAACAAGUCGAAGAGAUGCCUUCGGAGCCAGUUACAAGAACUACCAGGUCUAUGAGAAAGAAUGUAGGAAAACCGAAGACUGAAGUUAAGACUAGAAGGAAUAAAAGUGGUGUGGAUAGUGUUAAGAUAAAGGAAGUUAAAGUGGCUAUUGAGAAGUUGGAUGUGAAGAAGAUUGAGCCAAAAACGAAGUCGAAGGCUAAGAAAAAGGAAGUUAAGAUUGUUGAGCGCCCAAAGUCUCCUGCGAGUAAAAUCAAAAGGUCAUCACCAAGUAGAUCAACUAAAUCUUCAAGAACCAGAGACACCUCCGUUCCUAACAACAGACGCCGCCUCCGUAGCAGCAAGCGGAGCGCCUGACGCUGCGACUGUUGUCAAGCAGACUCCAUUCAACCGCCUUAAAAUAGAAUAAUCAUCAUAUUUA